AUUUGUAAUUUUGUAACUUCUAGUCCACCCUACUCGUCCCUCCCCGUCGCAAUCCUUUAGAAUUUAGCCCCUCCUGUCACGGCGGUUGGACAAAUUAGUCCGUCCUUAUCCACCGGAGACCUUUCUUCUGUACUGUUCACCGUCCUUCAUAUAAUCCCCUCCAUUAACCCAGCUCAGUGGACAAAUUAAAGAACAAGUCUUUAGUCACUAAUCACUGAUUAAACGAACUAAUCACUUCUUUAAUCAAAUCCCACCAGCAAAAAGAUCAUUUUCUCUUUCAUUUUCUGUCCUUUUCCCUCACUUUCGUUCCAACCAAACAGAAAACACAUGCUAACAAGCACCCACCUUUCAUCCUUCAUCUCGAAAACCCAGCAGGAUUAGCCCGUUUUGGAAUCUGGGUCGGUGGGAUUUUUUUGUUUUUUUUUUUGGAUUCUGGUCCGGAAGUUUGUGAAUUUUGAAAAAUGAAGAAGCUCAAGAGCUACUACUCCCAUCUGAGGCACCACCAGACAAUUGAGCUCAAAUGGAUCUUCCCCUUGGCGAUUGGCUCCAUUGUCUCCCUCUUCCUCCUCUUCCUCACCACCCUGACGUGGUCCGGCGGCACACCGCUGCUCCCCUUCUACCGCUCCUUCUCCAUCUCCAGCUCCGUCUUCAUAGAAUCCAAGCUCCACCCGAUUCCCGUCUCCUCCCUCCCGCCGCCGCCGCGCUUCGCCUACUUCAUCUCCGGCUCCAUCGGCGAUGGCAACAUGCUGAAGCGGACCCUCCAGGCCCUCUACCACCCGCACAACCGCUACGUCGUCCACCUGGACCUCGAGUCGCCGCCCAAGGAGCGGACUGAUCUGCAGAAUUACGUUUCUACCCACCCCGUUUUUAUCAGGUUUGGGAAUGUGAAGAUGAUCAGCAAGGCCAAUCUCGUCACUUACAGGGGCCCGACUAUGGUGGCCAACACCCUCCACGCGGCCGCCAUUUUGCUGAGGGAGGGCGGCGAUUGGGAUUGGUUCAUCAAUCUCAGCGCUUCUGAUUACCCACUUGUUACUCAGGAUGAUCUGCUGCACACGUUCUCAUACUUGCCGCGGGAUCUUAAUUUCAUCGAUCAUACGAGCAACAUUGGAUGGAAAGAGUAUCAAAGAGCGAAACCGAUAAUUGUGGAUCCGGGUUUGUAUAUGACCAAGAAAGCUGAUGUUUUUUGGGUUACACAGCGAAGGAGUGUGCCAACAGCUUUCAAACUUUUUACAGGUUCUGCUUGGAUGGCACUUUCAAAGCCUUUUGUUGAUUACUGCAUAUGGGGCUGGGACAACCUACCUCGAACUGUUCUCAUGUACUACGCAAACUUUGUAUCGUCCCCGGAGGGAUACUUUCACACUGUCAUCUGUAAUGCUCAAGAGUUCCGCAACACAACUGUGAAUAGUGACCUACAUUUUAUAACGUGGGACAACCCUCCCAAGCAACAUCCUCACCACCUAAACCUUGCAGAUAUGCAAAGGAUGGUCGACAGCAAUGCUCCCUUUGCAAGAAAGUUUCGCCAAGAUGAUCCAGUGCUUGACAAAAUUGAUUCUGCGUUAUUGUUUAAGGGUCCUGGCAUGCUUGUUCCUGGUGGUUGGUGCAUAGGAAAAAGGGACAAUGGGUCCGAUCCAUGCUCUGAUAUUGGCAGUACCACAAUCCUCAGGCCUACCCCUGGAGCAAAAAGGCUCGAGGUUUUGAUCAGCUCUCUAUUGUCCAAUGAGAAAUUCCGACCAAAACAGUGCAAAUGACAAGAACUCAAAACUGCUUGUUUAAGCUGGUUGAAGUGCUUCCCCGCGCCAGUUCAGUUAGUUUACAAUUGACAAUGGAAUACAGCAUGAUCAGGGAAAUGGUAUUCAAUAUGGUUGGAAGACGAGAUGGCUGAAUGUAUGCACAUACUUCCGAUGAGCUGUAGUGCUUCCUGCUAUAGUGGCAUGGUAUGUAUCAUUGAUUUAUAGGUUAGCCCACCAUUUCCCAUUUACCUUUUUUUCGUUCUAAAAUUUUUGGAUACUGUAUUUCUCAUGGUCCGGGCAUGUCGUAUGCUGCAGUAAAAUGUGUCUUGAAAUGAUGACGGGAGUGUAAGAACUGCUGGAAAGAUGUACAUUUGAAAGAGGAAAUCUAAAGAAAACUUGUCUCUGA